GUCAGAGUGGUUCAGCGCUGCGGCUCCGCCCCUUUAGCACAAAGUCUGCGCGCUGCCCAAUCAGGAGGCUGGGAGGUGCCGCGGGACCAAUUAGCGCGGUGCAGGCGCUGCGUCACUGCAUUUUUUAUUCGAAGCGGCGAGUUUUCCGCGGAGGCCCCGCCUCUGCGCGGAGAAUGUCAGAGUCAGAUUGAGGCUGAAGUUGAAGGACUACGCCUCGCGCUGCUGCUGCCUUUAUUUUCCGCUUCGAUUAGAGGAGAAAUGGCUUAUCACAACCAGUACAGACCCCCGCACUACAACCAGGCGCCGCCGGACCAGGCCUUUCUCUGGAACAUCUUUCAGAGGGUGGACAAAGACAGGAGUGGAGCAAUAUCAGACACAGAACUUCAACAAGCUUUAUCAAACGGCACAUGGACGCCAUUCAAUCCUGUGACAGUCAGAUCAAUUAUUUCUAUGUUCGACAGAGAGAAUAAAGGUGGCGUCAACUUUAACGAAUUCGCUGGCGUAUGGAAGUAUAUCACCGACUGGCAAAACAUCUUCCGCACCUACGACCGCGACAACUCAGGGUUCAUCGACAAGAACGAGCUGAAACAGGCUUUAACUGGAUUCGGCUAUCGUCUCUCAGAUCAGUUUUAUAACACGCUGAUCGAGAAGUUUGACCGGCAGAGGAAAGGUCAGGUGGCCUUCGACGAUUUCAUACAGUGCUGUAUCGUACUACAGAGGUUAACGGAUGUGUUCAGGAGAUACGAUACGGAUCAGGACGGGUGGAUCCAGGUCUCGUACGAGCAGUACCUGUCCAUGGUCUUCAACAUCGUAUAGCACAGCACAGUCCUCACCGCACACACCAGUGCCAAACACCAAACCUCUCUCCCCUCACCGUCUUCCAGCAGAGACACCACACACUCCCUCUGAAGGAGCUUUAGGGGACGGAAUAUUAAGAUUUCAAUUUAUGGAUUAAUGUCUUAAAGUCUUCAUGUCUGUGGUCCUGUUUCUUUAUAAGGUUAAAUAUACUUAUUUUAAACAGAAGAAGCCGUAACUCCUCGUCUGCUUCUGCGUUCAGAACCGUUUGUAAUGUAAAUAUCAUUAAGCGUCAGAUGCAUGCUUUCUGAUGAACCUCUUUACUGUUGAAGCAUGAACUGAUUCUGUUCUCUGUUUUUUGCUGAAGCCAUGUUUACAAAGUCGGCGCGUUCCCGGAUUCACUGACGUGAGCUAAUGCCAUAUUUGUAAGGAACUGUUUUUAAUCUGCAUAUAAAAUAUAUAUAUAUAUAUAUAUAUAAAUAUAUAUAUAUGCAGGAGGUUUAGCCUUUAAUUACGAGACGGGAGGAACAUUUGUUUUUGUUUCGCAUGAUGCUUUACAACUGCAAAAAAAAUUUGAACUGUUUUAUUAAAAAAAAUAUAUGCUA